GCCUGCUUCUAGACCUCGCCAAAACAACGAGUACAUGAGGAAGAACGACACGAAAGACUGCCUGCUCUAAGCAAAAAAGAAAGCAAGGAAUGUCCUACUAUGAUGUUGACGCUAUCUUGACGGACACGCAAAAACUACCAUGUACUUUCCAACUUGAUGUGCCAGGACUUGGAUACUUGGAUGGUAAUGCUGGUGGAACGGUCAAGGCCGGCACGACAAUAGAACUGCCCAUGUGGUUGGGUGUCAUGCUCGCAGUGUCAACCGGCAAUACACCUGGCUCGCCGCAACUAGUCACGCUGAAUUUCCCCCCUCCACUUCAGCAGCGAGUGAUCAAUGCGUUGAAAGCAAACCCAAGGACAGUGGAUUUACGAGCCCAGGCACCGCACUACUACGCUCUAGGUGCACGAAUUAUGGAACUGUUCGAAGACCAGGCUGUACUGGAUACUCUGCUAGAUACCUUCAAAUCACGAGCAUCAGAGAUUGCAGACCAAGCGCACAAUCCCCGAGGAGCAUUGGGUGACGGUGCUGAUUUCCUCAGAGGCCUGGAAGAGAGCGAGCGCCAACUCUUCAAAGCUGCGCAUGAAGGGCCGAAAUCAGUGAAAGCGUGGACGCAAGAUCUGAGGAGGAGUACUUGAGACGAGGAAAGGGAAAGAAAUGGGCAUGAGUCAUGAUUUGAUGAAGCAGUCGAAUAGAUGACCUGUAUACAAUGGCGAAAUUCGCUUCUGUGGAG